AUGCAACGAGUCUCGGCAGCGUGCAGCAGUUAUCUCGAGUUUGCGGAACGAAACCCGAUCUUUGUGUACGGCACGCGAGCGAGGCCAGCCACUGGCACGUCCGUGGUGUCGCUGUCGUACUUUACAUAUACCACUAUCAAUAGUAAAAUGCUUUUUUAUUCCCCCACUUCCAUUCAACAAGUGUCCUACUUGUCCUGUGGUAUAUGCAUUUAUUUGUGGGCAGUCGAUGUGGUGCUCGUCAGUAAGCUCGGUCGUCACGCUCCACGUAUAUACGAGAGUUGGCGGUCGUGUCCUUCAUUUUGCAAGGCCGACGGGCAAACGGUCACCUGUAGUGGGUCUACGGGCGGGCGCUUGGCGUCCGUUGGUUGUGCAAUCAGCGCGACACCUCGUCGCACGUGGGCGAUCACCCGCCGUCGAGAACAAUUGAGCCUGCUCAUUCAACAACAUGCUUGCUGGAAUGCGGGCUUUUGA